AUCCCUCUCUCCUUUCUCUUUCAAAAACCCUCUUUCGUUUAUUCUUCUUCUCAACACUAUUCAACAACGUUUCUUCUCUAUCUGAUUCCAACGUUGCUGUCUAUAAUUCCCAGUAGUAACGGUUCUGAAACAAUGAAGCCAGGAAGAAAAAAAUACAACGACGAUGUAAAAGAAGAUGAAGAUCGCCUCAGUGACUUACCCGAUUGUGUUAUUCUUCACAUACUCUCUUUUUUGGACACCAUAGACGCUGUUCAAACUUGCAUUCUAUCCAAAAGAUGGAACAAUCUCUGGAAAUAUCUUCCUACCCUUAUAUUAAGUUCUUCAAAUAAAUUUGUGUCUCGCAUUUUGUCUCUUCGUAAUGCGUCAACCCCACUGCGCGCUCUCCAUUUUCAGCGCCAUGGUACUAUGUAUCCCCGUCUACUCCAACGGAUGAUCAAAUAUGCUGUUUCACAUCACGUCCAGGAAUUAAGUAUCAAUCUCAGCUCUGAUAUUCAACAUUUUCCAACUUGCUUAUUUUCAUGUCACACUUUAACUUCUCUCAAACUUGUUAUUAACCACCCUACACUCUAUGCGGGAACAUUAUUUCCUAGUUCUCUUAAUUUGCCAGCAUUAGCCACCUUGUUUCUAGAGUCAUUCACCUUUCCUGUUGACGAUGAUGGUCAUACUGAGCCUUUUUCGGCAUUUAGUAGUUUGAAUAGUUUGAUCAUUCGGGGUUGUAAAGUUCUUGAUGAACAAAACCUCUGGAUAUUAAGUGCUACACUUGCCAAUUUAACUUUAGACACUGGUUGGGCCUACAAUUAUGGCAAAAUCGAGUUAUCUACUCCAAGUCUUUGCACCUUUGUCUUUGUUUGUAUCGGAGGUUUUCCUGCUCUGAAACUACAUGGGAUAGAGAGCAAUCUCUCUUCUGUCAAACAUGUAAAGAUUGAUGUAAGCAUAGCGUCAAGGUCUAUUGAUGUAGAUAUUUCUUUGGUUCUUCUCAACUGGCUGGUUGAACUUGCUAAUAUCAAAUCAUUGACAAUCAAUCAUAAUGCUCUAGAGGUUCUCUCGAAAGUUCCUGAUUUAUUGAAGGUUGAGUUUCAUUCCUUGUGUAGCUUGAAGUCACUUAGAGUAAAAACGAGGACACCUUCAUGCAUACCUAAUGGGACUUUUGACUUUUUGCUUCAAAACUCACCCUCAACAAAGGUUGAAAUCAUAGAUCCUUUCAGAGCUAUUUCAACAUAGAUAAUAAAGCAAAAGUACCUUCAAAUUAUGGUGGUAUUUGAGGAAUUCUUAGUCCACACUUUGGUCUCCAUUCCCACAACCACAACAAACAACAACACUAUAUAUACUACACUACCAUGAAUUGAUUUCUUUUGUCCAUGUUGUCAUGGUGGUGACAAAAUUCCUGACUUUCAUGUUCUUGAGCAAGCUGGGCAAUUUCAAAGAAGCAGAAUUUGAAAGUAAGAAGGUUUUGAAUCAAACUCUACAUCGUCAGAAUUGCACUCUCGUUAUGCUUUAGUUUUUUAUUUUUGUUUUUGGUCUCUGCAAAUAUGCCUCAUUUUGGUUUUGGUCCCUGACCCCACUUUUGUGAUGAUUU